AUGAGUCCGCGUAUCAGCGGCGAGACGGCAGCGACGGCGAGGUCGAGACGUCAUUCAGGAUGGUCGUACCGGGGUGAUGUUGAACUCUGCCUUCACUAUGCCAAUGAGGCAACCUCUGAUGUUGACGACGUUGAGGAGGAUGUGUCUGCCACUCAAGUUCAGGAGACGCAGUAG